AUGGAAGCGCUGGGACCGGGGCCUCCAGCCAGCCUUUUUCAGCCACCUCGUCGCCCUGGCCUUGGAACUGUCGGAAAACCAAUUCGACUGUUAGCUAACCAUUUUCAGGUUCAGAUUCCCAAAAUAGAUGUGUAUCAUUAUGAUGUGGAUAUUAAGCCGGAAAAACGGCCUCGUAGAGUCAACAGGGAGGUAGUAGACACAAUGGUGCGACACUUCAAGAUGCAAAUAUUUGGUGAUCGGCAGCCUGGCUAUGAUGGCAAAAGAAACAUGUACACAGCACAUCCACUGCCAAUUGGACGGGAUAGGGUUGAUAUGGAAGUGACCCUUCCAGGUGAGGGUAAAGACCAGACCUUUAAAGUGUCUGUUCAGUGGGUGUCAGUUGUGAGCCUGCAGUUGCUUUUAGAAGCUUUGGCCGGGCACUUGAAUGAAGUCCCAGAUGACUCGGUUCAAGCACUUGAUGUCAUCACAAGACACCUUCCCUCCAUGAGGUACACUCCAGUGGGUCGUUCCUUUUUCUCACCUCCUGAAGGUUACUACCACCCUCUGGGAGGGGGCAGGGAGGUUUGGUUUGGCUUUCAUCAGUCCGUGAGACCCGCCAUGUGGAAUAUGAUGCUCAAUAUUGAUGUAUCUGCAACUGCUUUCUACCGGGCUCAGCCUAUCAUUGAGUUCAUGUGUGAGGUUUUAGACAUUCAGAACAUCAAUGAACAAACCAAACCCCUAACAGACUCCCAGCGUGUCAAGUUUACCAAAGAAAUCAGAGGUCUGAAAGUUGAGGUGACCCAUUGUGGACAGAUGAAACGAAAAUAUCGAGUGUGUAAUGUGACCAGACGGCCAGCCAGUCAUCAAACUUUUCCCUUACAGUUAGAAAAUGGUCAAGCUAUGGAAUGUACAGUAGCUCAAUAUUUUAAGCAAAAGUAUAAUCUGCAGCUGAAAUACCCCCAUCUUCCCUGUCUCCAAGUGGGACAAGAACAAAAGCAUACAUACUUGCCACUUGAGGUUUGUAAUAUAGUGGCAGGACAGCGAUGUAUAAAGAAGCUCACAGACAAUCAGACUUCCACGAUGAUCAAGGCCACAGCAAGAUCUGCUCCUGACAGACAGGAAGAAAUCAGUAGACUGGUGAAGAGUAACAGCAUGGUGGGUGGACCUGACCCAUACCUUAAAGAAUUUGGUAUUGUUGUCCAGAACGAAAUGACGGAGCUCACAGGCAGGGUUCUUCCAGCACCAAUGCUGCAAUAUGGGGGCCGGAAUAAAACGGUAGCCACACCCAACCAGGGUGUCUGGGACAUGCGAGGAAAGCAGUUUUAUGCUGGCAUUGAAAUUAAAGUUUGGGCAGUUGCUUGUUUUGCGCCUCAGAAACAAUGUAGGGAAGAUUUAUUAAAGAGUUUCACGGACCAGCUCCGUAAAAUCUCUAAGGAUGCAGGAAUGCCCAUCCAGGGUCAGCCAUGUUUUUGCAAGUAUGCACAAGGUGCUGACAGCGUGGAGCCCAUGUUUAAACACCUGAAAAUGACAUAUGUGGGCCUACAACUUAUAGUGGUUAUCUUGCCUGGGAAGACACCAGUGUAUGCGGAGGUGAAGCGUGUUGGAGAUACACUCCUAGGAAUGGCUACACAGUGUGUCCAGGUAAAAAAUGUAGUGAAGACCUCACCUCAAACCCUUUCUAACCUUUGCCUGAAGAUAAACGCAAAGCUUGGAGGAAUUAACAACGUGCUUGUACCUCAUCAAAGGCCCUCAGUGUUCCAGCAGCCUGUCAUCUUCCUGGGAGCAGAUGUCACGCACCCACCAGCAGGCGAUGGGAAGAAGCCAUCCAUCGCGGCUGUGGUUGGCAGUAUGGAUGGCCACCCCAGCCGGUACUGUGCCACGGUUCGCGUGCAGACCUCCCGCCAGGAGAUCUCCCAAGAGCUCCUCUAUAGUCAGGAGGUGAUCCAGGAUCUUACCAACAUGGUUCGAGAGCUGCUGAUCCAGUUCUACAAAUCCACACGCUUCAAACCCACCCGGAUCAUCUAUUACCGUGGAGGGGUCUCCGAGGGACAGAUGAAACAGGUAGCUUGGCCAGAACUAAUAGCAAUUCGAAAGGCAUGUAUUAGCUUGGAAGAAGAUUACCGGCCAGGAAUAACCUAUAUUGUGGUGCAGAAAAGACAUCAUACACGACUCUUCUGUGCAGAUAAAACAGAAAGGGUAGGGAAAAGUGGCAAUGUACCAGCAGGCACUACUGUGGAUAGCACCAUCACACAUCCAUCUGAGUUUGACUUUUACCUCUGUAGUCACGCGGGGAUUCAGGGAACCAGCCGUCCUUCACAUUACCAGGUCUUGUGGGAUGACAACUGCUUCACCGCGGAUGAACUCCAGUUAUUAACGUACCAGCUAUGUCAUACCUAUGUGCGGUGCACACGCUCAGUCUCGAUCCCAGCCCCUGCCUAUUAUGCCCGGCUUGUAGCCUUCAGGGCAAGGUAUCAUCUGGUGGAUAAAGAUCAUGACAGUGCGGAAGGCAGUCAUGUGUCAGGACAGAGCAAUGGCCGAGAUCCUCAAGCCUUGGCUAAAGCUGUGCAAAUCCACCAUGAUACCCAGCACACCAUGUAUUUUGCCUGA